CCUCUCCGGCCCUUCGGGAGCCAGGGUCGGGCCUUGAGCUCUUCACCAGCCUUUAAUUUUGUUUUGGAUGGGGCAGGAGGGGUCGAGGGCAUUUCUUAGCAAAAGUUUGCUAGGUCCUGCUUUCCCCAGAAGGAUGGACCCCUCUGGGGGGGGGACCCCCUGUUAGGACCUGUUAGGGUCUUUACUUUUUUCUUCAAGAUGACCUAUGACUCUGCUUUUAGUCAGAGAGAAGGGUUUUGAUUUCUCUCUGCCUACGCCGUCCCUCUGGUAAUCUACUUUCAUUAGGGGAGGGAUAGAAAUCCCUCUGACUUACCCUCUUUUUCUAACCCACACACUUUAGGCUUUGAUGAAGCUUGCUUUUUCUUAGUUUCUCUCAACCGUCAUGGGGAGAAGUGGAGCCUCCCAAACCUGGGCAGAGCCCACUCCUCAGGGGUGUAAGGAAAUCUGGUCUACACUGAUGGUGUUUGGCCCUGCCCUGCUUUGCCCUGUCCCCACCCAGUUUUCAGAUAUCUUUCCUGCCAGGACCCCCAGAGGAAAAGGUAUUUAAAUGUUGACCUCCAGCCUGCCAGAGUUUCAUCAUCCCCACUCUGUUACUCUUCCAGAAUACUCAGCCUGGGUUUUGCAUAGUUUAGGAAUUGCAGAACUGCAUCACAUUGCAUUGAGUUAAGUGGGCAGUCAUUUUAAAGCCUAGUUUCUAGUCACAUUUUAUCUGCUGUUUGACCUUGAACAAGUCGCGUCACCUCUCUGAGCCUUAAAUUCUUCAUCCGACAAAUGAGAGACGGUUGAACUAGAGAUUCUCUAAAUUCUGAGGUCAUAUGACACUGUCCUGCUUCCCGGGGCCCUGCAAUGGACAUUUUAGAUGACAGCCAAGCUCGAGACCUCGCUGGAGCUUCCUUUCCUCUUCGCAGAUUGCGCCACAGUUUUAUCAGAAGUAUUUCAACUAAGAAAGCAGGUGGACACUCGGGGUCCUUUACGCCCCCCUCGCCCCCGGCCCUGCUGACCAGGCUUAGGGCGGACUCGGGUCUUCCCCGUCUGAGCCCCGCGCCACUCGAGCCUCCUUUCCCCGCCCCCGCGCAGGAAUCUUCCCGACUCCCAGGGCCUGGCAGAUGUCGCCGGGGAGGUGGUGAUCCGGCAGCCCCUCGGGACGGAGAAAUGGAGGCAAACGACCAUUUUAACUUUACUGGCCUUCCCCCUGCACCUGCUGCCUCAGGACUGAAACCCUCUCCCUCCUCAGGGGAGGGCCUCUACACUAACGGGUCUCCCAUGAACUUCCCCCAGCAAGGGAAAAGUUUGAAUGGGGAUGUGAAUGUUAACGGCUUAUCUACUGUAUCUCACACUACUACUUCAGGGAUUUUGAAUUCUGCUCCCCACUCCUCCAGCACCUCACACCUCCAUCACCCCAGCGUGGCCUACGACUGUCUCUGGAACUACUCACAGUACCCAUCUGCCAAUCCUGGCAGCAACCUCAAGGACCCACCCCUUCUCUCCCAGUUUUCAGGGGGACAGUACCCACUCAACGGCAUCCUUGGGGGCAGCCGACAAGCUUCAUCCCCAAGCCACAACACUAACCUUCGGGCUGGGAGCCAAGAGUUCUGGGCCAACGGUACCCAGAGUCCCAUGGGGCUUAACUUCGACUCACAGGAACUAUAUGAUUCCUUUCCUGACCAGAAUUUUGAGGUGAUGCCCAAUGGACCCCCUAGUUUUUUCACCUCUCCACAGACUUCUCCUAUGUUGGGAUCCAGCAUCCAGACCUUUGCACCCUCCCAGGGGGUAGGCAGUGGUAUCCAUCCAGAUGAGGCAUCAGAAAAGGAGCUGACUUCAGUUGUGGCAGAGAAUGGCACUGGCUUGGUAGGCAGCCUGGAGCUGGAAGAAGAGCAGCCAGAACUGAAGAUGUGUGGCUACAAUGGUUCUGUCCCUUCCGUGGAAUCAUUGCACCAAGAAGUCUCAGUCCUGGUCCCUGACCCCACCGUGAGCUGCUUAGAUGACCCUUCACAUCUCCCUGACCAGCUGGAAGACACACCAAUCCUCAGCGAAGUGUCGCUGGAGCCCUUCAAUACUCUGGCGCCAGAGCCAGUGAGUGGAGGGCUCUACGGUAUAGACGACGCGGAGCUGAUGGGUGCAGAGGACAAGCUGCCUCUUGAGGACAGCCCUGUGAUCUCUGCCCUCGAUUGCCCUUCCCUCAAUAACACCACCGCCUUUAGUCUCCUGGCAGAUGACAGUCAAACGUCAGCCUCUAUCUUUGCCAGCCCCACCUCACCACCUGUCCUUGGGGACACUGUCCUGCAAGAUAACAGCUUUGACCUGAAUAACGGUAGUGAUGAAGAACAGGAAAUGGAGACUCAGACUUCCGACUUCCCACCACCUCUGACCCAGCCAGCCCCUGCCCAGUCAUCUAUUCAGCUACAUCCUGCGGCCUCCCCGGCAGUCUCUCCAGCAGCCUCCCCGGCAGUCUCUCCAGCAGCCUCCCCAGAAAUCUCUCCAGAAGUUUCCCCAGCAGUUUCUCCAGCAGCCUCCCCGGACAUCUCUGUAGCUGUCUCCCCAGCAGCCUUUCCAGCGGCCUCUCCAAAUUCCUCAGCAGCCCUCUUGCCAGUCUCCGCAGAAGUCUCCUUGACGGCCUCCCCGGUGACCUCCCCCAAAGCAACCCCUGCAGGUUCCCCAGCAGCUGUCUUCCCAGCAGUCUCCGCAGCAAAAAAGGAUGGCAGCCCCUUUCCUGAAACCACUGCUGGCCUCGAAGAGAUCCCUGGAGCAGGAGUCCUUGCUUCUGGUGGUGGUGAUGUCCUGAGGAGACGUAUUGCUACCCCAGAAGAAGUUCGUCUUCCUCUCCAACAUGGGUGGCGGAGAGAGGUGCGCAUCAAGAAGGGCAGCCACCGCUGGCAGGGGGAGACCUGGUAUUAUGGCCCCUGUGGGAAGAGAAUGAAACAGUUCCCAGAAGUGAUCAAGUACCUGAGCCGCAACGUGGGGCACAGUGUCCGCCGGGAGCACUUCAGCUUCAGCCCGCGUAUGCCUGUUGGAGAUUUCUUUGAAGAGAGAGAUACACCAGAGGGCUUGCAGUGGGUCCAGCUCUCCGCAGAGGAGAUCCCGUCCAGGAUUCAGGCAAUCACUGGGAAACGAGGCCGACCUCGAAACACAGAGAAGGCUAAGACCAAGGAAGUCCCCAAAGUGAAACGGGGCCGCGGUCGGCCCCCCAAGGUCAAAAUCACUGAAAUGAAUAAGACAGAAAAUCGCCUCCUAAAGAAACUGGAGGCCCAAGAAACACUGAAUGAGGAGGAUAAAGCCAAGAUGAGUAAAAUCAAGAAGAAGAUGAAGCAGAAGGCACAGCGGGGAGAGUGUCCGACUGCUCUCCAGGGGCAGGCCAGAAACAAGCGGAAACAAGAAAACAAGAGCUUAAAGCAGAAAGAAGCAAAGAAGAAAUCCAAGGCUGAGAAGGAGAAGGUGAAGACAAAGCCGGAAAAAUCGAAGGACAAGGUGAAGAAGGAGAAGAAAGAGAAGGUGAGAGUGAAGGAAAAGGAGGAGGCGGCCAAAGCGAAGACAGCCUGUAAAGACAAAACUCUGGCCGCGCAGAGGCGCUUAGAGGAGCGCCAGCGGCAGCAGAUGAUCUUGGAAGAGAUGAAGAAGCCCACGGAGGACAUGUGUCUGACUGACCACCAGCCCCUGCCUGAGUUCCCACACAUCCCAGGUCUGAUCCUUCCCAGUGGGACCUUCUCAGACUGCCUGACCAUCGUGGAGUUCCUGCACAGCUUCGGCAAGGUGCUGGGCUUUGACCCUGCCAAAGACGUGCCUAGCCUGGGGGUCCUGCAGGAGGGACUCCUGUGUCAAGGCGAUAGCUUGGGCGAAGUGCAAGAUCUGCUGGUGCGGCUGCUGAAGGCUGCGCUCUAUGACCCGGGCCUGCCCUCCUACUGCCAGUCCUUAAAGAUCUUGGGGGAGAAGGUGUCGGAGAUCCCACUGACGAGAGACAACGUGUCUGAGAUCCUGCGUUGCUUCCUCAUGGCAUACGGAGUGGAGCCCGCCCUGUGUGACCGCCUGCGCACGCAGCCCUUUCAGGCCCAGCCACCCCAGCAGAAGGCUGCUGUCCUGGCCUUCCUGGUCCAUGAGCUCAACAGCUCCACCCUCAUCAUCAAUGAGAUCGACAAGACUCUGGAGAGCAUGUCCAGCUACCGGAAAAACAAGUGGAUUGUUGAAGGCCGGCUCCGGAGACUGAAAACUGUCUUGGCGAAGCGAACUGGGAGGCCUGAGGUAGAGCUGCAAGGGCCAGAGGAAGGCCUGGGGCGGAGGCGCAGCUCUCGCAUCAUGGAGGAGACCAGCGGCGUGGAGGAGGAGGAGGACGAGGAGGAGGCCGCCGCCGCCGCCGCCGGCCGCAGGGGCCGCAGGGACGGAGAGGUGGAUGCCGCCGCCUCCAGCAUCCCCGAGCUCGAGCGCCAAAUAGAAAAACUUAGCAAGCGCCAGCUUUUCUUUCGGAAAAAGCUGCUUCAUUCAUCCCAAAUGCUGCGGGCUGUCUCCCUGGGUCAGGAUCGCUACAGACGCCGCUACUGGGUGCUGCCCUGCCUGGCUGGUGUGUUCGUGGAAGGAACAGAGGGGAGCUUCGUUCCUGAGGCCGUGACAAAGCCAGAACCUGACGUGAAAGCGGCAGCCCACCCGACACCCAGCACAGCCUCUUUCUCUCGGAAGAGGGAGUCGGCUAGCUCCAGCACCUCGGCCAGUUCUCCUGCCCGGGCCCGAGGCCGACCUCGGAAAACUAAACCUGGGUCUUUGCAAUCUAGGCACCUUAACCCCCCCGUCAGGGGCCAGGAUUCAGAAGAGCCUCAGGCCCAGCCUCAGCUGGAGACUCAGCCUGGCCCUCACAUUCAGGCUCAGCCCCAGCCCCAUGCUCAGCCCCAACUGCAGCCUCAGCCCCAUAAUGGGUUCCUGGAGCCGGAGGGCUCCCCUUUAUCUCUGGGUCAGAGCCAGCAUGACCUCAGUCAGUCAGCCUUCCUGUCUUGGCUGAGCCAGACGCAGAGCCAUGGCUCCUUACUGAGUAGCUCAGUGCUCACCCCUGACAGCAGCCCCGGAAAACUGGACAUGGUCCCGUCACAGCCGCCGGAGGAGCCGGAGCCUGACGAGGCAGAAUCCAGCCCUGAUCUGCAAGCUCCCUGGUUCACCUUCUCAGCCCAGACGCCCUGCAAUGCUGUCCCGACACCACCCCCUGCGGUCACAGAAGACCAGACCACGCCCUCCGCCCCCCUGCCUGCCUCUUCCAAGCCAGUGAACAGACCCAGCGCUGCCAACCCCCGAACUCCCGUGCCUCCCUCUUCUUCUCCCUUGCCGGGGGUGGCACCUAAGAGGCGAGCAGGAGAGUCUGGAGAAACAACACCGAGUUCCACAGGGCCAGGACAGCCAAAGCGAAGAGGAAGACCCCCCAGCAAGUUCUUCAAACAGAUGGAGCAGCGUUACCUCACCCAGAUGACAGCCCAGCCUGUGCCCCCUGAGAUGCGCUCAGGUUGGUGGUGGAUCCGAGAUCCUGAGACAUUAGAGGCUGUGCUCAAGGCCCUGCAUCCCCGAGGCAUUCGGGAGAAGGCACUUCACAAGCACCUCAGUAAGCACAGGGAUUUCCUACAGGAAGUUUGCCUGCGGCCUUCAACUGAUCCCAUCUUUGAGCCAAGUCGGCCACCUGCCCUUCAGGAAGAGGCUCUGAGCUGGUCCUCCAGAGAGAAGACAUACGAGACAGACCUGGCGGUGCUUCAGUGGGUCGAGGAGCUAGAACAGCGGGUCAUCCUGUCUGACCUGCAGAUUCGGGGCUGGACGUGUCCUAGUCCAGACUCCACCCGUGAAGACUUGUCCUACUGUGAGCAUCUCCCGGACUCCCAGGAGGAGAUCCCCUGGAGAGGGAGAAGCAGGGACGGGCUGGCACCCCAGCGUCAAACGACCAACCCUCUAGACCUGGCCGUGAUCCGACUGGCUGCCCUGGAGCAGAAUGUGGAGCGGCGGUACCUGCGGGAGCCUCUCUGGCCAGCUCACGAGGUGGUGCUGGAGAAGGCCCUGCUCAGCACGCCCACGAGUGCCCAGUGCCCUGCGACGGAGAUAUCCUAUGAGAUCACCCCUCGAAUUCGGGCCUGGCGCCAGACGCUGGAGCGGUGCAGGAGCGCAGCCCAGGUGUGCCUGUGCCUGGGCCAGCUGGAGAGGUCCAUUGCCUGGGAGAAAUCCGUCAACAAAGUGACCUGUCUCGUCUGCCGGAAGGGCGACAACGACGAGUUCCUUCUGCUCUGCGACGGGUGUGACCGUGGCUGCCACAUCUACUGCCAUCGGCCCAAGAUGGAGGCUGUCCCCGAGGGAGACUGGUUCUGUGCUGUGUGUCUGGCCCAACAGGCGGAGGGGGAGUUCACCCAGAAGCCGGGUUGCCCAAAGCGCGGCCAGAAGCGGAGAAGCAGCUGCGCGCUGAGCUUCCCGCAGGGGGACGGCCGCCGGCGCCGGGUCCUGUCCAGGGGCCGAGAGAGCCCCGCGGUGCCCCGGUACUCAGAAGAGGGGCUGUCCCCCUCCAAGCGCCGGCGGCUCUCCAUGCGCAGCCACCACAGUGAUCUCACCUUUUGCGAGAUCAUCUUGAUGGAGAUGGAGUCCCACGACGCGGCCUGGCCCUUUCUGGAGCCCGUGAACCCGCGUUUGGUGAGCGGCUACCGGCGCAUCAUCAAAAACCCUAUGGAUUUUUCCACCAUGCGGGAGCGGCUGCUCCGGGGAGGGUACACCAGCUCGGAGGAGUUCGCGGCGGACGCGCUCCUGGUCUUCGACAACUGCCAGACCUUCAACGAAGACGACUCCGAGCCUCUUCAAACUGUGCAAUCCUUCAGCAGGAGCCUCGCCUUUCAGCAGCUUCGGGCGUUGAGCUUGGGAAGGGAGAGGCCAGAACUGGAUCUUCUCCUGUCCCGGGCGCCCCUGUGGAUGCAGCGGCGCUUUCCUUCCCUUUCCCAGUAGCAGAGGCCCCGGAGCGCGAGGGAGCAGGGGGAGGGGCUCUGGGGCCACCACCGCCCCGCCUGGGACGGCCCGGGUUCAGCCCCCACACGGGCGGGCGAGGGCGAGGAGAGCUGCUAACGCCCUGCGCCCUGCUCGAGCCAUGGGCUCCUGCCCCCUGCUUUCUUGCCCAGCAGAGCCCUCCCGCCAGAGAUACGGGUACUUGCACUGGGAGGCGGCUGCUGGCGGCCCGAGCAGAGCAGAGCGCAGAGACGCCCAAGAAAUGUUCCGGGGGGUGGGGGGGGGGU